UUUCCAACAUGUCAGGGUUUCGUGCAUGACGUCUGUUCCGUAAAAUAAGACCAUAGUUGACAACAAGAGAAGGUCUCCUUGUUCCACGUACAAACUUUAGAUGUUGGCAGGGUUUUGAACUAUUAACACUCAUUUCGACAAUAUGGUUGUAACUGCUCCUCCUUCUCCAGUUUCUUUGGAUCACCUGUACGCGAAGAAAGAUUUAGACCCACAGGAAGAUGUAUUUUUGAGCUCGCCAGAUUUUCUCGACUCAUGGGCCCAGGUGAGUUGGCAGAUUUCCUGAUUCUCACAUAUAACGCACGGUAAAAGUGUUUUAAAUGCAUAUAGUUUGUUUAUUUGAAUGAAGCCUUGCUACCUGUCUUUGGUCGAAAAUGAAACUUCUUUCGUUCGUUCGAUGAAGAGGAUUAUUAUUUUUAUGCUGGAUUCGUACACCAAUAUGCACAGAAAAUUUUCAUCUUCAUAUCGUUCAGAAUUCAUAGUGAACAUAGAACUGUGUUUUUUUGUCCAUGUUUACAUCUAAUGCAAGCUUCGUCAUACGUAGAUUUGAAUGUUUCAACCAUUGUGAAGACAUUUGCUUUUUUGAGCUCUCAGAUUAUACAGAAAGGUACAGUUCCACUUAGACAAACGAAGUUUCAAAUGAUAAUUGCCAGAGACAUGAUAUGCACGUAACAACUUGCGCCACGAGGGUUUUAUCAAAGCUUUAUCAUUGUUUGUUCCAGUUACCUACGGUGUUUUCGUGUUCUGUGCUUAGAAAAAGAAUGAGAGGCUGAUUUAUAUUCUAAAAUUACUUCCAAUUUCCAAAGUGUUUUCCCCUCAGAACAGUAUUGUUUUCGAUAGUCUGACUCACAGAGGAGUAACAGUGAUCCUUUAUAUUUUUGAUACUGCAUCUGUAACAAGCGAUCAAUGUAAAAUAUUAUUAUGGCUUGUUUAACAAGGCUGAAUCAAAGCUUUAGUCGAAAAGUGUUAAUUUAUGUAGAGCAGAACAGAUCUUUUACACUUUGCAGUAUCGAGGGUCAGAUACACGUACAAUUAUGCUGCAUAAUUUUGGGCUCAAUGCUAUGGUCAGAGCAUUGAACAUAAUACUGGUAUAAUGUCCAAACUUCCUAAAAAUUCCUCAGAUGUUACAGUUCAACAAGAGUUAAAUUCUGUAGCCUGAGUACUGUCAACACAGAGCUGCACUUUACAUAUAGAAAUUUGAUCCAGCAACGUGUUGUGUUCUGAACUUCACUAAGGGCCAGGGUUCACUGGGCUGGCAAAAUUUGUUUGGCUCUUCUGAAACUCUCGACAAUCUUUGUUAAAUCUCUGCUAAAUUGUAAAUUUGUCAGUAGUGGGUGCACUGGAAAACAGAAAAGUAUUCAUAGACCACAACUACCCAGUCAAUUAUUUCAGUCAAAGGAAAGGGUGAAUAAAGUCUUGAAGAGUAUGCUUGCUCUGUUUUGCUUUUGCUGUUCUUGUGAAUCGGCUGCUCUCUGGUUUUUUUAGAGCAUCAAAGAAAAUUAUCCUUUUCAUAAAGAAUGCAUCUGUGUAUUAUCUUCCAGGGUGAUUUUGCCAUUAACACUGAUGGUGGUCUUCUCGACAUCGGCCUGUUAUUUGAGGAAGAAUUCCCAGAUCUUGGUGAUUUAUCUCCACCUCACUGUGAAAGCUCUUCAUCAGAUUCAUACAUGACACCCAGUCCUAAUACUGUUGAUGAUGAGCUGCUUGAGAUUCUUAGUUCAACAUCGACAUCACCUGGAUUGCCGCAAAACAGUGAAGAUGUUACAAUUGAUCUUGGUAAGUGGAGUUCCAAAAAAAAAAUCAGUCUGUACAGAAUAGAUUUUUUUCUUAACUCUUUCACUCCCAAGCUCUAAUUCUCAUCACCAUCUGCCAUACAAUUCUUAUGAUACUAUUUUCAAAGAAUUUGAUAUUUGAUCAAUCAAUAAUCCUCUCAUUGAUAAUUUUCUUAAUUCCUAUCACUUGUCUGCAUGAUAUUGUAAAGAGACAUUCUGUCUUGGUCACUCACUGGAGUUAAAUGGUUUAACUACUUAUUAUGUACUGCUUCCUAAACAAGGUCUCUGUGGCCAACACCUUUAUGGGGACUGCUUCAAAAAAGAAUUGUUUCAAAGAGCUGUUUUAUUCUUGCAGUCAUUGCACAAAUUAAAAGCAGUUACCACUUGCGUACCUUGUUCUGAAAGGAAAGAUUCUGUCACACAGACAAACAUAAAAAAUUGUUUAUGUCUGGUGAUCAUUUUAUGAUCUAAGAUUGACUAAAGGAUACUUCAAAGAAAUUGGAUCAAGAGUUAUUGUAAUGUUUAUUCUAUUCUGCUGCACUUACCAUUUACAUAGGAUGGAAUGUUGAGCUCCCUGACUUAGAAGGGAAUAUUGAUGCUUCAGAAUCAGCAACUAAUGAAACCUGCCCGCCAACAACAGUCAAGUCCUCCACAGUAUCAGUCAGUCAGUCGAUAGUUUCUUCCUUUGCUUCCAGGGUAUGCAAGGUAUGUCAUUAGAGCAUUAUACAAAGAGGUUCAUGUACUUAAAGUAGCCUUUUUUAUUUCUUUUCAAGACAAUAGUACCAUUCUUAGUAGCGGUAGUUUUGAAAUUAUGUAAAAUUGGAGGUAAACUGGGAAAAAUUUCUUUUUGGCUCAGAUGAACCAAAAAUAUUUGAAUGGAUAUUUCAACUUGCUUGUACACUAAAUGGUUUCUCAUUUUGUAGAGAUGUUACUAACCUUGUACAGUGUAAAGUAAUUUUCUGGAAGAAAACUAGUGUAAUUUUAAUGAGUUUGAUUCUCUUAUUUUUAUUUUUGCAGUCAAAACUUCUGGUUCUUACAAGUGAAGAAAAGAAGUUAUUAGAGAUUGAAGGAGUUACCUUACCGACUGAUAUGCCUCUCACCAAGGUAUGACAUUCUAUAGGUGCUUUGAUAGUGUGAUUUCUCUUGUAACUAUUUGACAGUGUUCAUUGCAAACCAGUAUAGUCAUAUCAAACUGAACCAAUACCUGUAGACUUUUUCUGUUAGUAAAGCUAGCUAGGUUAGCACACCCUUUAUCUUUUCAAAAACCUUUUUCUUAAUCCUCAAUAUUUAAUUGUGAGCAAAACCCUAAUGUAAUUAGAUUUGGCAUAUUUUUUCUUACAUUAUAUGAUGAGGAGGGAUUGGUAAUUUCCAGGAGUGAUUAGUAGAGUUUUAAAUAACAAGAUGAUUUUUAGUCAGUAAAUGUACAGAUACCUCAGAGAAAAUGCAAAGUUAAUCUUCAAAUUUUAUUUUCAUUUCUUCAACUGUAGGCCGAAGAAAAAGUUCUCAAAAAAGUGAGAAGAAAAAUAAAGAAUAAGGUGAGAAAUUAUUAGAUUGUGUUUUGUGAUAAUCAAGGCUAUUGUUGUAAUGAAACUCAUGAAAAGAAAGGGUAUUUCCUUCUUUUGCAUUGAUUUGGAAAUUUCCCUACAUACUGGGUUAAUGGAAACCUUUUUAUGAGCCAUCCUCAAAUGAGAACUUUGUAAUUUUAUUUGAAGCAAUCUGCACAAGAGAGUAGACGAAAAAAGAAGGAUUACAUUGAUGGACUAGAAGAAAGAGUGAAAGCUUGCACUGAGCUUAACCAUAACUUAUCUAUGAAAGUCAACAGUCUGGAGGAACAAAACAAGUGAGUCACACUCCAUACAGUUAGGGGCAAGGCUUGAUGAACCCUUUGAUGUAGAGGGCUCAUUCUGUAAGGAGUGACAAUGGGAGAGACUUGUACCAUGUUUGGUAGAAAAUAGGCAAUGAUGGUUGGUGUAGUUACAUGCGCAAAUGUGAACAUGAAAAACUUGUACCACAUGGUUGAUAGAAAAUAGGGGAUAAUGCUUGGUGUAGUUACAUGCACUAAUGUGAACAUGAAUUGCUUUAGGUCUCUUCUGGAUCAGCUGAAAGAGCUCCAAGCACUGGUUGCAUCUACACAUCCUACUAAAGCUCAGGCAGGGACAUGUUUGAUGGUGCUGUUUUUGGCCUUUGGUUUGGUUCUUUUUCCAAUAAACAAUGCUCCUGGAGAGCAGAAGGAAGCUGUUGCAAAAUAUGCACCAGCCAUUGGUAAGUCACUUCUCCAAGGGAGGGAGGAUGGGUUGGAAGGGGUAUAAAUGACAAGGAUUUCAUUUUGUGUUUUUCAUCAGAUUUUUGAAAGCUUAGAAAUUCCAUUUUAUUGAUUUUCAUUUUGUUGACAUCCUUUCUGCAGUGCGUUCUCGUACACUUCUUCAAGUUAAAGAUGAGUACACAGAUGAAGUUCCAGAGGUUGUACAAUUUAAUCUGAACAGUACAGAUUAUUUGAAGGCUGCUACUCCUCCCAUAUCACAGAACACACCAAAAUCACUUGGAAAAGUUAUGGUGGAGGUCUCAGAUAUUGACAGGAGCCAAGCAGACAAAGUGAAGCCUCAAAAAAGAUAA